UCAGCCGGUUUUGACUCUGAAUGUAACAACAACAACUUCAUUUGCAUGUUGAUUCAAUUCAAUGGCCGACGGCUAUAUAGACGGACAGAAAAAACAUUCCAAAAGAAAUGAAAGGGGGGCGGAGACUGACUGUAACGAGAGUCUCGGUGCUGUCCAAUCAACAACUGACUCCCGCAAUUCGACCGUGAGUAAUUCAACUCUGCCUCUGGCGUCCAUCACCGAAACAAUUCCAGGGCCAGCAACAUUAGCCCUUGCUGCUGUGUGCUACAAACUGAGACUGUCCAGCAUUUUCGAGUUUGUUGGCCAGCCCAUUGUGAUACCGCUGGUUGUGAUUGUCGUCGUCGUCGCUCGUUUGUUUGUUUUUGUCUGGCUCCUGCCCAUCAAUGUCCAGAUGCUGCGACAUGUUGCGCAAUUGGAAAAUGAAGUUGAGCAAAAUUGUCACCAACAUCAGCUGCAACAACAGGACUAAACAACACUUUCCGUUUUACUAUCGCAACAGGUACGUGCCUAGAUGGCGCAUUCAACUGGCCCUGGGAAUCUGCCUGGGCUUCCUCCUGGCCGUCUUGACAGGAAUGGAAUCGCUGCUAGAGGACUCGAUGUCGGUCGAUUGGUCCGUCCAGUUCGCCAAUGAGCCACUCAGUCGGCCAUUCAAAGUGCCUGGACCCGAAUCACUUUGCCCGGCAGCGUUCCGACCCGGAGGUGGCGCUGGUGGUGAAGGUGCGGACACGGAACGAAUCAAUUUCAUCGAAAGUACCGGACGUGAAUGUCUGACUCCACGCCAAGCCUGCGGCGUUGAAUCGGCCGCCAGGGCCAAUCCCGGCAUGCACGUCAAAGUUUACCUCAACACGCACAGGAUCGGUCCGCCCGGAUGGGACGAUCUACUCCGACGACCCGGUCGGGUCCGAUCCUGCGCCUUCAACGACAUGCUGCUGGCCCAGGACUUUUCCUCAAACGUCCAAAUGGUCCGGCAGAAUUUCACGCAAGUGCUGGCCGACAGUCUCUUCCGGCCGUUGGUGGCCGGCGGCAAUUUCCACUCGAGUCACUGGUCGGUGGUCCAAAUCAGCGACGCCAUCCGGCUGCUGUUGUUGCAACAACACGGCGGAUACUACCUGGACUUUGACAAUAUCGUCUUCCGGCCGCUGCAUUGCCUCCGCAAUGGAUUCUCCUACCUGGAAGAGCAUCCCAACAUCGAGAACGGCAUCAUGGUGAUGGAUGCCAAUCAUCCGUUCUUGUCUUUUCUCAUCCGCUAUCUGAUGCAGACGUACGACCCCAACAAACGGGUCAGCCUGGGCCCGCCGGCCUUUGGCAAGGCCUUCAAACUCUUUUGUCACAUUAAUGAUCCGCUUUUCAAAUCGGGAUUGCAUCGAUGCCUGGACAAUUCCAAUUUGACGCUCUUCCAUCCCGAUUCAUUUUUCCCAGUGAGACAUUACGAACUGGGCCAUUUCUACUCGACCACUUGGCCCGGGUUGGACCUGCAGAAAAUGGAACGGGCCUAUUUGACUCACGUCUACUUGUCCAGUUGGGGCCGCAAAGUUCAUCCCAACUCGCUCUACUCGCGACUGGCCCGCCAGUACUGCCCGUCCGUCUGGCAGUUGACCAAAGAGACCAACAUCCCCCUGGGAUUUUGAUUUUUCGUCCCGCCCAAUUUAUUCAAAUAAUGGAAAAGAAGAAAUGAUUACAGCAUUGAUCUAAAAUGACAUUUAUUGUGUGUUGUAAUAAGCGUUUGUCUACAUUUCCCCCCCAGUCAUGUGGUGUUUGAUUACUCUUUGGCUAAAUUGCGUGGCGCGGAUACUGGAAUUUUCAAUAGGAUAGAAAGCGCGGGAAAUUUAAAGGCAUUUUUUGAAAAAAAUUUCAAUGGCAAUGAAUACACGACAAGUUUGAAUAA